AGAAACAGUAGCUGAUGGGAGUGUUUUCAAACUUGUGUCUUGCAGGAGACAGGAAACCUCUCUGAGAGGGAAGCAAUGGCAGAGACCGCGCUUCAAACUCUCUGCUUACAUGUCCUCGACACCCUGGACGUCUCAGCAAGCGGCAUGACAAGACUCCUAUGGCCAAGGCUCCUCCAGUUCGUAGUGCCAGCUCAGUACACUGGCACUCUGGUCCCACUCUCCCGCUGCCUCAGGGAGCUCGUGGAGAGACAGGAGAGAGCAGAAGAGAAGGAGGAACCCAAUUACCUGUGCUACCAAGAACGCGCCAAACUGCCAACUCCCCAGGCUCUGCUGGUACGUCUCCUGGUGCUUGCUUGCUCUCCUUAUGAAGGAGGUGGCCAUGGAGCUGUUGCCCUGCAGCUGCUGAAGACCCUUCACAGGGCAAUUCACAGAGCGGUGGGGAUUCCCUGGAUGGCACAGAUCCCUUCCUUGCUGCAGUACCUUGAAGGUAAAGUGUCCGCUGGGAGGGGAUUGAUUUGAAGAGGACAGAAGGGAAGUCAGGAAAAGGCAGGUCCCCAGAGUGCCUGAGGACAACGGAGCCCUUGAGUGUCUUAAAGCUGUCUUGUUCUUCAUCCCUCCCAGUUCCAGGGAGCUGGAACUGACAGCUGAGAGAAGUAAUGCUCCUGAAAUAAUCUGAUCCCUGUGUGGGCUUUAGCCUGGCAUAUUGCAUCAGAAUGGCAGGCUCUGGCAGCAUCCUCCCACCCUUGCUUGGACAGUGUUUGUGAGUGGUUACAUUCCCCCUUGAGGAGAUUUUGUGGCACUGCCCUCUCCUUGGAAGUUCAGAGUCACCAGUCGAGUCCAGCUUGGCAGUGGCAGUUCUCUCUUGCACUAAGCUCCAGCUGGUUGUGAAAGGCCCUUCUGCCUCAUUUUUCUUCCUGUGAGGAAAUAGACAGCUGCUUUGACCAGCAGUCAGUAUUCCCCAGCGUUGAUUCCA